GUUGCAAUUAAACUCAUUAAUCGCAGCUUGUGGCCGUAAUAAAUGCUGCAACUCAUAAUAUUCGCAGCCUCCAUGUCUCGAGUUUGAUACAAUUCAAGGAAAUUUUUUCGGAAAAUAUUCAAUUCGCAAUCUCGAUCUAUCUUCUCAACCCAGCCACCACAGAUCUAGAAUUCGCAAUCUCUCUCCUCCGCAUAUUCUCCCAAUCUCCAUAGCCACUCGCUACUUCGCCGGAAAGUUUCCUGCUCUAUCGGAUCUGCAGCUCGCUCCUCUGCAUCUUCACCGCCUGCGUACCUUCAUCUUCUCCUCUGCUCCACUACGUACCUUCCUCUUCUCCGCUGCUCCACCGUCUGUUCUUUUUCGAUCUGUUCACGGGAAAGAUCAGUGAAAGGGACAUAAUAUGAGCUGCUUUGGCUGUUUUGGAGGAGAUGCAGCCCAUAGGCCUGCAGACAACGGAGGUGGUUACAUGCCCAGAAACUUGGCAGGAAUCACAUAACUGCUCUCUCGCUGGAGCUGUGAGCUUGUGUAACCCUUUUAAUCUACCAAUUGCAGAUGAGGACUUCCACAAGGGCUUUAAUAACACUUAUGACAAAGAAUUAGCAAGCAGCCUUCGAAGAAUAUUCAAGAAGCAUGGUGCUCUCUUUGAAGAUAUUGGUGGGGAGUAUAACAUACCAAUGGCUGAAAAUGCGAAGACUGUAAUGGAGUUUGAUGAAGGGCUAACUCGAGUAUCUUUUGGGUUCAAGUCAGCUGACGACUACUACUUGCAUUCAAGCAGUUCUGAUUCAAUUAAGCAUGUUUGUACACCAUUGCUUUGUAUUCAGGCUGCUAAUGAUCCCAUUGCACCAGCCAGGGGAAUUCCUUGCAAAGAUAUUGAGGGUUAUGUACAAAUAGAAAUGCCAUAUUCUGAUGAGGAGUUAGAAGAAACUCGAGAACAAUGGGCAAAUUAUUUUAAGGACAACUAUUUGAUGGAUGUCGGCGAAUGAGUUUGUUGUCUAGUAAUGUUAUGUUUUAUGUUUUUGUUAUGUGUUGGAUAUGACGUUGGAUGCUACUUGGAGCAUAUAUAUGGUUGUUGGAACA